AUGUUGUUUUUCGCAACUGUUUGCCGUGGAACCUGGAUUUCACAGUUGCCUAUGUUCUGCCAUUCUGGGACCAAAGUCGAGUUGCUCGAGCUGAAGAGAGGCUCGGGCUUCUCCAAUCCAAUGAAGCGAUGGGCGGCCUUCCUCCUCGCUGCGCAGCUCGGUGCCGCUGUGGUCUUGGAGGCGCCGUCUCGACGUGCAGCCAAGAAGACCUUGCCAAAGGGGCUGCUGAGGGAUGAUCUGCAGGGCCCACUCUUUGUCCACAUUCCCAAGACCGCGGGCACGUCCAUCUGGAAGGCGCUUGGGCCCAACUAUACCGACUCCGGGAGAUAUCCCGAGGUCUCGUUCUUCUGCAUGAAGCACAACCCACCGAAGGAGCAUGUCCCUGAUAGCUGGGCGGUGGUCCGGGACGUGUGCGAUCGACUGGUCUCGGAGUUCGCAUGGGCGCGGCUACAGGGAUGGUACCAACGGUACCGCAAGGAAGGCUUGGACAAUCAUGCUGAGCCCAACUGCACCACCUUCAACAAGUGGGUGACUUUGGUGAUGCAAAAGUACCAAGAGGAUUCAGAUGUGGAGGACUGCCACUUGAUCCCACAGUGGUGCUAUGCCUCCAAGGUGGACAAGAUCCUCCCUUUAACCGAGCACCUGGAAAGGGACAUCCGCCAGAUGGACCCACGCUUGAAGUAUGUGGACCUGCACCACAAGAAUCAACACUCUCAUGUGGUCAAGAAAAUGAAUGUCUCCUGUGGCUGCUUGACGCCUGCGAACCUGAAGGCUGUCCAGAGUCACUUCUUGGAAGACUUUGUUCAUCUCAGGAGCAUCUUGGGUCCAUCCAAGUACGAGCCGAAAGCUCUGAGCAAUGCAAGCAUCAAAGAAUCGAAGUCCGACUUCAUGGUUGAUACCUCAGGUGGGCAGGCCAUGCAGGAUGCGGCCUCCGUGGGGAAGCAGGCGAUGCUGUCGGUGGCGGGAUUUGAGAAGUCCAAGCUGGUGGGGUUGUGUGAAGACGCACGGAAGUCUGAGGGUCCAGAGGCAGUUUGCCAGAUUGCCAACGAGCUCUUCCCCAAAGGUUUCUCCUGCGCGGGGACCGACAAGGCCAUCCAGAAGCUGAAGGAGUUGGCCGAUGAGGGUGGUGCACUCCAAGCAAAGGUGCUGAAGACCUCGGGCGGAUUCCACACCUCGUUGAUGGCUCCCGCCAAGGCCAAGUUGGGCCAGGCCCUUGACGAAAUGCUGCCCAGAAUGCAGCCGCUGAAGCACAGCGUCUACAUGAACGCCACAGCGGAAGCCUUGAAGCCUGGCACUGACCCCAAGGUCGUCGUAGACCUGCUCAAGAAGCAGCUCACCAGUCCGGUGCUGUGGGAGCCUUCCAUGCAGAAGAUGAUCACGUCUGGCAUCACUGACUUCUAUGAGUGCGGGCCGAACAAGCAGAUCAAGGCAAUGAUGAAGCGCAUCAACCCCAAGGCCUGGGGCUCCACCACCAACGUUGAGGUCUGA